AUGACCUCAGAAACUACCUACCUCGACCACGCUGGAACAACACGUUAUGAAAAGUCUCUUAUUGAGUCACUCUCGCAUGACAUGAGAUCUACGCGGCGUAUAGAAGACGUGCGGCUGCGUGCCCUUAAAUUUCUCAAUGCCCAUCGAGAUGAGUCUGAUCUAGUUUUUGUGGCCAACGCAACUGGCGCUAUCAAGUUUGUUGCGGAAUCGCUCCAAGAUUAG